CUUGUUUCGAUACACGCUGGUCGGAAGGAGAUGGGGUGCGCUGAAGAUUCCGAUUGGCUCACCGGUUGCUUGUCGGACCCUCCUCCUUCAUUGGGCCGGGGCCCGUCUCCCCCGGUGGCUUUCCACGACGGCGACGCCUCCUCUUCUCUCCCACCACCGCCGCGGAUGCUCGGGUCGCAAUUGCCCGGCGACCCACUAACCAUUACGCGACACGAAGCGAAUUUUUUGGUUUUGUUUCAACUAUCAUUAUUCAAUGUUAUGUUAGUUUUUUUUUCCUUUGUUUCCUUCUGAAACGGGAGAAUUGCGAUCAGUGGUCAAAACGGGAGGAGUUCAAUUCAGCCUCCUUCUUCGCUGAAGCUUCCUGGAGCCCAGGACAGGCCGGUGUGCUUCCUCGCUUCUCUUUUGACCGUUCGUUUCCUUCCGUGCGGCUCGAGGAAAGCGCAAAAAGGAGGGGAAGAAACCACGAGUACCCAUUUGCAUUGAGGCACUCGUGGAUCCGUUUCGUCUCUCCAGAGACUUAAUAAUUAAGCUGUGCUGCGGGCGAUGGAUAUGGUUUGAGCAGCCCUUCGUGUUCUCUCCCUUCAUGUAAAGGCGUUUUCGACCUUCAAAAGCUAAUGGGUCUUUCUUUGCGUGUAUAAACCUUCAUGUUCAGAGGGUAUGAAAUUGGUCUCGAUAGACAUUUCUACCGAGUCAGAGGCGAUUCUAGUCAUUUCUCACCAUUUCUCCCGUGCUUCACUCAAUCAGGGAAAUGCAUGCUCCAAGUAGUUUGAUCUUGCCCGAAUGGCUUUUGCCAUUUCUUUCCGACUUCACGAAUUUUACUGUUGAAUUUCCCUCUCUACGAUCUGUUCAACUAGAAGGAUCAGUAAAUCGUAAUUGGCAGUUCGAUAUGGCUGCUGAUACGACAAGCCUGAGUUAUUGGCUGAACAUCACUUUCUUACUUUGUGCCCUGAUUAUCCUUGUUCCAAUGUUUUUGGCAUCAUACCUCAUAUGGAAGUACGAAGGAUUCAACAAACCAAAACCUGAUAGAGAAGAGAACCGGCGGGGAAAGGUGGGGUAUCUGUACAAGGACGAGGUUUGGAGGACCUGUCUUAAGACAAUUCAUCCAAAGUGGCUGCUCGGUUACAGAUUGGUUUCUUUUGCUGUGCUAGCAUCAUUGCUCCUUGCAAAUAUUGUCCUUGACGGGGCGGGUAUCUUUUACUUUUAUACCCAGUGGACUUUUGCCUUGGUCACAGCCUAUUUUGGGCUUGGAUUAUCCAUGUCAAUAUACGGAUGCUGUAUAAACCAUAAAGCUGCUGGUGAUAGAGUUGAUAACAGCAAUUUAGAUGCAGACCGAGGAAUCUAUAUGGCUGUUUCUCUUGGAGAGCAUAUCAACAUAUCUAGCGCACCCAAAACUUCAAAUUCAAAUCAGAAAUCUUCCAUUCGCAAUGGUGCUGGUCCAUGGGUAGUUAUCUUCCAGAUCAUAUAUCAGACGAGUGCAGGUGCGGCGAUGCUUACUGAUGGUGUAUUUUGGCUUGUUCUCUAUCCUUUUCUGACAUCAAAAGAUUACAGAUUGAAUCUUCUGGAUGUCUGUUUGCACUCAGUCAAUGCUUUCUUCCUCCUCGGUGACACCAUUUUGAAUUGUUUGCGGUUCCCUGUGUUUCGUUUUGCAUAUUUUGUUCUAUGGACGGGUCUAUAUGUCAUUUUCCAAUGGAUCAUCCAUGCUUGUGUUUCAAUUUGGUGGCCAUAUCCAUUUCUGGACUUGUCAUCAUCGUAUGCUCCUCUUUGGUACCUUGGAGUGGCAGUAAUGCAUAUUCCAUGCUACAGCAUCUUCGCUUUGAUAAUCAGGCUCAAACACAUCUUGUUGCCCAGAUGGUUCCCAGAAUCAUACCAAAGUCUGAAAUGAGGAAUAAUUAGAUGAGGUAUUCUUAGCAUUAUAUGUCUGCUUAUUACACAGGCUGUCGCCACCAUUUCUGGCGCAUAUCUGUAAAUCUUGCUUCUCCCCUUCUUCAAGUGGCGGCUGCUGCGGUUCCCAUGAUUCGUGAAAGAGGAGAGAGAUCAUUCAUUGGUUGUUUGCAAAAGAAGAGUGCUGGAGUCAUGUAUUGCAAUCUUCAUUCGUGAAGUGUACAAAUUGUUGAAAGUCUUAGCAUUGGAUACUCUCGCUGGAAUUCAUUCAUUUGUAAUGAAUCCUUGUGGGGUAUGUAUUUGCAAUAAAUGGUACAAA